CGGAUGUUCCGACGGGGAUGGAGGGCGAGGACAAGGGGGCGAUCAGAGUCAUGGACGACCUGGCGGAGCUGCUGGAUAGGGUGACGUCUGACGCCGAGGUGGUGCAGCAGCCGGCGGUGGAGGAGAAGGGGAGGGAGAGGUGGUUUCCGCUCGGGAGGGAUGCUCUAGUGAGCUCGACCCCUCAAACUUUGGCGCGUGCGCACGAAUUAGAAUCAGACACGUACCGAGGGUUUCCUGACAAAGUCGAAGGAGACUCGGAAGAGGAUGCAAUACAUGGGCAGGAUGUGUACGUGCGGACAGAGAGCGCGGACCUGUCUUCCUCCGAUCUUGUGAGCGUUCCGCAUGACGAUGACUCUGGAGAUAAUUUGUUUCACGAUGAUCUCGUGGCUCAGUCCACAGAGCAAGCUGCGCCUAGGGAGCACAGGCUGCACACGGACUACGACAUUCAGGGACUCUUCUCUGACGUCAAGAUCCCCUCGGAGGAUUACUUGUCUAAUCUCGGAGAGGACGGGCAGCCAUACGGGAUAAGAGAUCGAGCGCUGACCUUGAGAGACAUCCAAGCAGAGCGGGUAGCGAACUCUUUCUACCGUGUAGAUCCAGACAAGUCCUUAGACGACUACGUGCCAGAACAUUAACAUGUCAGUAUGGUGAUCAGCAUCGGCUGCCAUGGCCCCUCUUGUUUCAUUUAUUCUUUCGCCCUUGUUAUUCUUUCCGCACUAAAAUCCCUUCAAUC